GGCUGAGGAAAGUUUAGUGAGGAAAUAUGGGACCUCUAAAGAGCUCCUAAAAUCGGUGAUGGAUGCAUUACAAAGAAAAUCAAAUCCCCAAAGUAGCCUUACAAACUUCAUUGAAGCGGCUCAAGAAGUAGGGCAUUGUCACUACGAGUGCCAAACCAGUUGGGGCAACCUUGGUUGGUUAUACGGUUCAGUGGGAGAUGAUAUAAAGACAAGUAUUGAAAUCCAUACGAAAGGAUGGACUAGCUCAUUCGUUUCUCCGGAUCCACCUGCGUUUCUUGGAUCUACGCCAUCGGUAGGACUAGAGACGAUAGUCCAACAGCGACGGUGGGCUACGGGAGCGACUGAAGUACUUUUUAGCAAACAAAGUCCGUUGAUCGGUUUUCGCCGGAAAAUAAAAUUCCGACAACGGUUAGCUUAUUUUUGGAUUCUCAUGUGUAUAAGGUCAACCCCUGAGCUCAUUUAUUGUCUCUUGCCUGCUUAUUUCCUACUCCACAACUCUACCUUAUUUCCCAAGGGACCUUGUCUAGGCAUAAUAGUGACACUUGUGGGGAUGCAUUGUCUAAACAGUCUAUGGCAAUUCAUAAAACUUGGGUUUUCGGUACAAUCGUGGUAUGUCUCCCAAUCACUUUGGAGAAUAAUAGCCACUAGCAGUUGGUUAUUUAGCAUUCAAGAUAUCGUACUCAAGCUUUUUGGAAUCUCGAAAGUAGGGUUCGUAAUCGCUAAAAAGACUAUGCCUGAUUCAAAAUCAGUAGAUGAGUCUAAAACAUCACAAGGAGAAGAUGAUGGGCCAAUAUCAGACUUAGGCAAAUUUGAAUUUGAUAGCUCGUGUCUUUUCAUUCCCGGCACAUUUAUUAUGUUAGUGAAUCUUGCUGCUCUAGCUGAGUUUUUGGUUCGUCUACUACAGUCGAGUUGUAGUCAUGGAGGAGAUGGGUCGGGUUUUGCGGAGGCUUGUGGAUGUAUUAUGGUGGUCAUGUUGUUCUUUCCAUUUCUGAAGGGUUUGUUUGAGCAUGGAAAAUAUGGUAUCCCAUUGUCUACACUUUGUAAAGCUGCCUUUUUAACAGUUUUAUUUGUUGUCUUCUCGGUGGCAAAGUAUUGUGGCGGCGAUAUGGUUUGUUUGUUGUGCAACUAG